CCUAAAUCUCGAGGAAACGAAACCGCCGGCGCUGCGCCCGCCCCGCGGUGCCUCCACCUCCCGGAGCACCACGCGUUCCCCAGGUGCCGCCGCAGCUGUCCCCGAGCCCGAGACAUGCAGCAGUCGCUUCCGCCGUACGAGGUGCUGCCGACGGAGGUGAACAUGGAGGAGAUGUCCCGGAGCACGACGGUGAUGGUGGAGGAGACGCAGCAGCAGUCGCCGCCGCCCCGGGACCACCUGGUGUGGUCUCUGUUCACCACCCUGUACGGCAAUUUCUGCUGCCUCGGCCUCCUGGCGUUCGUCUUUUCCGUCAAGUCCAGGGACCGCAAAGUGCUGGGUGACUACAGCGGGGCCCUGAGCUACGGCUCCACGGCCAAGUGUCUGAACAUCACAGCCCUGGUGAUCAACAUCGUCAUCGUCGUCAUCGUCAUUGUCGUUGUCUCCCUGGUCGCCGCCGGGGUCUUCAGGCACUACCAAUCGCACUACCAACCUCCCUACGGGUACGGGUACAGCCACACUUAAGUGCCUGCCCUCCUUGCCCGCGGGCUGUGCUUCCCUCCCCGGCGCCAGCCCGGGGUCGGAGCCACAAUCCGCGACAAUCCACGUGCCUCACCCGGAGCCUGCUGCUCUCCUGUCCCUCCUCCCUCCCCACUUGGAGCUUUUGUGGAGGCCCUGCUGGUGGCUGCCCUCGCUGGAGCUGUCUGGGGGUGGACACGGCUCCCCAGAGAGCAGCUGAGCACCCCAACCCUGCCACAGCCUGCUUGCUGCUUGGCUCUGGAGCCCCAACUGCCUCAAAACAAUUCUGGGGAGAAGCACCUGGUUCAGAGAAAACCUGCUCCCUGAAAUAAAGGUUUCUUUCACUUUU